AUGCCUGCCAAAGAGAUAUCACAGGUUUGUGUUAGCUGCAGAGAAGUCGAGGCUCUUGCGACGAUACGCAGUCGCCCACUAUGCCGAGACUGCUUCAUCGAAUACGCCGGCCAUAAGGCCGCUCGAGUAAUGGGAUCUUAUCGUCCCGUGAAGAACUCCCCGCCCAAAAAAGUGCUUUUACCCCUCUCCCUCGGAAUAUCGUCUGCAAGCCUUUUGCAUAUCGUGGAUAGACUACAGAAUCUACAGCUUAGUCGCUCGUUGAAUACUGCGGGAUUCGACUUGCAUGUGCUUGUCGUCGACCCGGCAACCGUUCAUUCUGGCUAUGCCGAUGUGAAGGCCAACUUUGACAGCGCAAGAGAGAGUUAUCCGAACCACACAUACACUAUGGUUCCCCUACACAACAUCUUCCAAUACGACACAACAAUUAAGGAAACUCUCUGCGAAUUUGGAUUCGUUGAGGGAGGCUUUGACUCUGAUAAAGAACGACUCGACGCAUUUCGGGCAUCCAUGUCUACAUCUACAGCAAGGGACGAUAUCGAUAACCUCCUACUUGUCCGCCUCAUUGUUGCAUUUGCGAAGAGUAACGAUUGUCAAGGUAUCUUAUGGGGAGACUCAGACAGUCGCUUAGCCGCGAAAACCCUAGCAAAUGUGGCCAAGGGCCGUGGUGGCUCUUUGACCUGGCAAGUCUGUGAUGGUGCGUCUCCCUGGGGCUUAAACUUCAGUUUUCCCUUGCGGGAACUUUACAAGUUUGAGUUGGAAUUAUACGUCAAACAAAUACCGGAAUUGGCCAGCAUCAUCAUACCCGAUUUGCAGAUACAGGAGAAUGAGUCGAAUCGGAACCUGUCUAUUGAUAACCUCAUGAAUCUUUAUGUCAAAACACAAGGAGAGAAGUACCCCGGCGUGAUGGCGAAUGUGGUCCGUACCACGAAUAAGCUUCGACCUGCAACCAUCCCUCAAAAUGUGAGGUGUUCUCUUUGCGCUGCUCCAGUUGGCGGACAUGCUUCGUUAUGUUAUGCGUGUUUGCGAUCGAAAGCCGAUGUCUUGCAGCCUUCUUCAAGUCGUUGA